AUGAAAAUAUUGGUGAAAUAUUCAAGUAAACAUUCAAAAAGAAACCAAUUCGUUAUAGAUGUAGAUCCUCACCAAGAAAUUUCACAACUAAAAAAAACCAUUAUAAGCUUGAUAGGUCCUGUACAAGUAAAAAUCAAUUUAAUCACAGAAAUCUGUGGAGUAAAAAUAUUAAUGAGCGAUAACUGGCCAAUUAGUUUCUAUCACCUUGAGCCAAACUCUAAAAUAGAAGUAAAGCAGCUUGAAUUCAGUUGCCCAUCGCCUACCAAACGCAAGUUAAACCGCGGAUCUACAUAUAUGGAAAGUUUAGGCUUUGAAAACUAUCUCCCAAUUACAAGAGAAUAUGGCCCUUUAGAAAAAGCCAUUGAUGCAUGCAAGGCUGGAAAUCUUGCAGAUCUAAUGAGAACAGUCGAGGUAUAUGAGUCUGAAUCUCCCGAUGAUGAAGAUUUGCUCAACCAAGCACAGCCAUGUCUAUGAGCACCGAUUCAUUAUGCUUGCAGUUAUGGCCACAGUGCAAUUAUUUCAUAUUUAGUAGGCAGAAGAGUGAACUCUAAUAAGGUAACAAUAGACGAAUGGACUCCUCUUCAGCUCUGCUGCUUUCAAGGACAUGCUGAUUGUGUAGAAGCAUUAAUGGAACACCCCAAUUUACAGUUAGAUAAAAUGACGAAAUUUAGAGGAACAGGUCUACAUCUGGCUUGUGAAAGAGGACAUGCUGAUAUUGCAAAGACUUUAUUAGAAGCCAACGCUUGCAUGUCUCUUGAAGACCCAAGAGGCAAAACCCCUAUUGAAUUAGCAAAAGAUCAUGAAAUUUUGACGCUUCUCCCAGUAUAUCUGGGUGAGUGUCAAUUAAGAAAAUAUCAGCAGGAGUCUGAAACGCCGCCUCCAUUUUGUGGAGAAAUUUGGAUGACUGGGUCACUAUUUAUUCAUGACAGGCCUGUUUUUCUUUAUAUGGAUCUUGACAAAGGCGCAUUGGAUAGGUACACUAAUAAAGAAGACUUUUUAGAUAAAGUCGAGCCAGAGUGUAUUAUUAAUCUUUCAGACGUUCAGGACGUCAGAGUAAUUGGAGGAAGCAAAACGCAGUUCUUUUUCAGUAUUGAGACCGCAAGAAACUCUUAUAAAUACUAUACAAAGCAUCAAGAUUUGACUAAAGAAUGGGUGAAUAGGAUUAAGCAAGGAGUAAGCUAUUGUUUGGUUCAUCGAUCUAAAGAUUCAGUGCUUAAGAAAAACACUGAAAGCAUUGCUUCAGAAGUUGCUGAAGAUGAAACGGUAAGUAGCGAAAAUCCUUCUGUCCUAGUAAAUGAUGAAGUAAUAAACUUCAAUAGCUUUACGAUUCUUGACCAAAUAGGAAGUGGGUCUUUCGGCACUGUUUAUAAAGUCCAAAAGAGAAAUGGGGACCAGCAAGAAUAUGCGAUGAAAUCUUUAAGCAAAGCUAACCUUCAAAGACAAAAGCAACUAAAAUAUGCCAUCAGUGAGUGCAGAAUUAUGAAGCAAUUAAAGCACCCGUUUAUAGUCACUUUAUAUUAUGCUUUUCAGACGACUCAAUAUUUAUACCUGAUACUAGAAUACUGUCCUAAUGGAGAUUUAUUAGGAUUGCUAGAAUCAAAUAAAAUAAUUGAAGAAAACAUUGCCAAGUUUUAUUUAGCUGAGGUCAUUCUAGCUUUAGAAUAUUUGCAUUCGCUUGAAAUUAUAUAUAGAGACCUUAAGCCUGCCAAUGUGCUGAUUGACAGUUCUGGGCAUGCAAAGCUUGCAGAUUUUGGACUUGCAAAAGAAAAUGUAAGCAAAGACAACCCUGCAAUGACAAUGGCAGGAUCUCCUGCAUAUUUGCCACCCGAAAUUGUAGCUAAAAAAGGAGCGAGUAAAGCGUCAGAUAUUUAUGGAAUUGGGCCAUUAUUGUAUGAGCUCUUAACAGGAGCUCCGCCUUAUUAUUCUCAAGAUAUUGAUGUGCUGUUUCAAAGUAUAAAGCAAGCGAGAUUAUCAUUUCCGCCCCAUGUGAGUUCAACUGCCAGAGACCUGAUAACUCAAGUAAUGAACAGGGAUCCAGCUAAGAGACCCCAAAUUUCACAAAUUAAAAGGCACCCAUUCUUUAGAAAAUUAGAUUGGGAAGCUUUGCUAGCCAGAAGAAUAAGGCUGCCUAGAAAUGGAUCGUUUUGUGAAGCAAUGAGCCCCACAGAUGAAUUUUAA